AAGACUCUGCACAUCACUUGACCCUUGGGUGCAAAAUGGCACAGAGGGUUGUUGCCGUUAUCUACAUCGUCCUGAUCUUGGGGAAGGAGUUCCAGGCCGAGCCGAUUGCUGUACCAGGCCCUUCAUCUGGGAUCAUGCUACAGGAUACCACGGGAUUCAUCUUGACGAAUAAGAGGACUCUAUCCCAAAAGAUCUACGUCAGUUUGGACCCACGUGUCUUCGUCGAGAGACAGUUCAACAUUUCUGAGAUUUCGUCUCCGGAGAUAAAGAGUUGGUAUCAAAUGCACAUCGGCUAUUCCCAAGAAAGGGUUACACAGAUCCUGGAACAGACAAGGAAAACCAUGACCAGAGAACAGUUUUCAACAAGUCGACGACCAAAGCGGUUCAUUUCUGCAAUUACAGCCGCCAUAAUCUUUGCCGUAAUGGGCACUGUCAUUGCCACCGGUGUAUCAGCUGUUAAUUCCAUCUCUAUUAAGACAUUGGAACUUGAGAUCGGUUCACUGAAAAGGAACCUAAUGAGUAUUCAUGCAGAGAUGGAGAACCAGAAAAAAACGUUUAUCGGACUUAUAUUCCGUUGUAGAGGAUACCGUCGUCACCGCCGACUUACACUCAAAGUUAUUGACUCAUUCAAUAAAUCUUCAUGA